CCGCUCCUGCACACAGGACUGAGACAUCCCUUACACUUUAUCCGUCACUCAGGCUUAAUGGGGUAUAAAAGUCCCCUGCACUGUGCCAGGGAAGGGAGAGGAGCAGCAGGCACUGCAUAGGGGGCGGAAAGUGCAGCGCAGGACCCCUGGAAGACAGGGACAGUGCAGGGACCUCUGCUCCAUGUAGCUGCCCUGGGCAAUGAGCAGUGGGCAGGAGCCUGGCUCUCUUCUCUCAGUGCCACACUCACCCAUCUGCUGCUGAGGUUUGGGGAGGGGGUCCCGCUUGGCAGCCGUCGCAGUGAGUCCGGGGGACAGAGGGGCUGGCAUGGCCGGGAGCGGAUGGUGCAGCUCGGAGGGGGCAUCUUGCACGGAUCAGAGAGGGGUCAGCAUGAGCUGGAGGUGCCUGGGCAGGCUGCUGCUGCUCCCCCUGCACAUGCUGCUCUGUGUACUGAAGGCAGCCGUCUCCCUGGUAUUGCCCACACGGCUGAGAGACCUGAGAGGGGACACUGUGCUCAUCACCGGCGGGGGCAGGGGCAUCGGGAGGCACCUGGCCAGGGAAUUUGCCAAGCAAGGGGCUAAGAAGGUAAUUUUAUGGGGCCGGACAGAGAAAUGCCUCAAGGAAACUGCUGAAGAGCUGCGACAGAUGGGGAGUGAAUGCCAUUAUUUUAUUUGUGACGUUGGCAACCGCGAGGAAGUCUACCAACAAGCAAAAUCCGUCCGGGAAAAGGUGGGCGAUGUCACCAUUUUAGUGAAUAAUGCUGCAGUUGUUCAUGGGAAGAGCUUAAUGGACAGUGAUGAUGAUGCUCUUCUGAAGUCCCAGCACAUCAACACACUAGGACAGUUUUGGACCACGAAAGCAUUCCUGCCACGCAUGUUGGAACUGCAGAACGGUCACAUUGUCUGCAUAAACUCUGUCCUGGCCUUGUCCGCAAUCCCUGGUGCCAUCGACUACUGCACUUCUAAAGCAUCCUCUUUCGCUUUUAUGGAAAGCUUGACGUUGGGGCUCUUGGACUGCCCAGGAGUAAACGCCACCACAGUAUUACCCUUCCAUACCAACACUGAGAUGUUCCAAGGAAUGAGAAUAAGGUUCCCAAACAUUUUCCCCCCUUUAAAGCCCGAGACUGUGGCCCGGAGGACGGUGGAGGCUGUUCAGAAGAACCACGCUCUCUUACUACUUCCCUGGACGAUGCACAUUCUUGUAAUCUUGAAAAGCAUUCUCCCUCAAUCAGCACUUGAAGAAAUCCACAGGUUUUCUGGAUCGUAUACUUGUAUGAACACUUUCAAAGGGAGGACAUAAAUCCCACUGAAAAAGGAAUGGCACUCCCCAUGGACUGGGGGCCAAGACACACCCCCCCUCCUUCCCCUGACAAGGUUGUGAGGAGUCAUCUUCGUAUAUGGCAAAAUGGAUCUUCCAGGUCAAUGAUUUUGCAGUACGGCCGUUGCUCGGGCCCAAAUACUGCUGAACUGUAAAGAAUCUAGAGGACAUGACCAUUUCAUGUGGUGUUUUUUUUUUUUU